CACAUUUCUGCCAUUGAAUCCUCUCUCUUUUUUUAAAAAAAAUAUAUAUUAUUUCUGUUUCUCUUCCACAUCAAAUUAACAACUGCAACUGUCAUAAAAUGAGCUUGAAAUCAGGAGAAGUCAACCUUGGUACAUCUAUCAUGGCUGUUCAAUACGCAGGCGGUGUUGUCAUUGGUGCCGACUCCCGUACAACCACUGGUUCCUACAUUGCAAAUCGAGUUACAGACAAGUUGACUGAGGUUCAUGAUCUCAUCUACUGCUGCAGAUCUGGAUCAGCUGCCGACACCCAGGCUAUUGCUGAUAUGGUUCAUUACUAUCUUCAGAUGUACAGUGUGCAAGAAAAUGAGAGACCAAGUGUACGCACAGCAGCAGCCCUUUUCCAAGAACUCUGCUACCAGAACAAGGAUAAUUUGAUGGCCGGCAUUAUUGUAGCUGGUGUGGAUAAGAAGAAUGGUCCAGCAGUAUACAAUGUUCCUCUUGGUGGAUCUCUUCACAGACAGCCUUUUGCCAUCGGUGGUUCUGGAUCUACCUACAUUUAUGGUUAUUGUGAUUCCAAGUAUCACGACAACAUGACCAGAGAGCAAGCCAUUGAGUUUGUCAAGAACUCUCUUUCCCUUGCCAUGUCCCGUGAUGGUUCCUCUGGUGGUGUCAUCCGUUUGGCUGUCAUUACCAUGGAUGGUGUUGAGCGACUGUUUGUUCCUGGCGACCAAUUGCCCGUGCAUUGGGAAGGAUAAUUUCUACAAGUAUCUUAUUUGUAGAUAAUAAAAAACAAAAGAAAGAUAACGAAGAAAAAAAAAGUGUUUUCCUGUAGAUUUACUAGGAAUAAAUAAAUAAAUCUUAUACAUAUAAAACAAAUCAAC